GACGAAUCUGCAUAUGUUUGCAGAAAAAAACUUCCAUGCACUGAAUAUACAGGCAGUCGCUGAUGCUAGGAUGAGAUUUCUUCACAUCAACGCUUCUUUUCCGGGCUCAACUCACGAUGCUUUUGUUUUGACGAACUCGGGACUUCCAAGAAGAAUUCAGUCUCUCCCUGAAGGCGGGUGGUUACUUGGAGAUUCCGGAUAUCCACUUAAGAAUUGGAUCCUCACCCCCUUCCCAUCCCCAAGCAACCAACAAGAGGAAAAGUUCAACGAGGCCCACGGAAGAACAAGGAUUGUCGUUGAGAGAGCUUUUGGGGUGUUGAAGUCAAGAUUCAGAUGUCUACAUAAAACGGGAGGUUCGCUACCAUUUUCCCCAUUAAAGUGUUCGCGGGUGAUAGAGACCUGUUUCAGACUACACAAUGUUGCAAUUGAAGAAAAACUUCCAAUAAGAGAUGGGGGCCGCAUCGUGAAUGUAAACCAUCAUGCUGUAUGCAGAGAUGUUGCCACUGUGUCAGCACAGCAAUUAAGACACCAAGUUGCAAAUCUCUUAUGA